AACUCCCCAAUUUGUAAAAACUGAAGAAAUACGUGUAUUUCGUUUAAAAUUAUGUAAACAAUGUAUGUAAAUAUUUACUUAAAAAAGUGACAUUUUCGUGAAAUUCCUACCCAAAUUCAGAUUACAAUUUCGUGAAAAAUGGGAUCUGCAUAUUACUCGAUGUUACCACGUGGUCGAUUUUAUCAUUGGGACAAAAAUGGAAAAAGGCUGAAACGCGAUAUUCCCAAAAUUCAAGGAAAUCCUGACCAAUAUAAUUUCGAGGAGCAUUAUUAUCCUCUACGAAAUUUAUUGAUCGUAAACAAAAUUUUGGACCAUCUCGACCCAGCCUCUACCCUCUCGGCCAGACUGAUCUGUUCUUUAUGGAAUUCAGAAAUCUGUCGAAGAAUUAACGGCCCAAAGAAAUCCGUCCAAAAAUUCAAACCCAUUUCAAACAAUAUUCAGCACUUGAAAUUUUCCACCCACUCGGAACUCGUCAACUUGCACAAAUUUUGCAACUUCUCCUCCAGAAAAUUCUUCGUGGCGUCGUUCUACUUUAAAUUACUGCCAAAAUUCAGCAUUUCCAUCUUAAGCGAGACUACUUUCUCCAACUUUCUCCAGGAUUCCGUCACCCGGGUGAAAAUUGUCGCCUACACGAGCCACGUUUCCCAGUGGUUCGCCCUGCUCAAGAAAAUGCGAGCUUUGAAACACUUGUACAUCAUUCGAGUUCCGGAAUUCGACCGGGCUAAUUUGCAAGAUCGCGAGAAUUACAAAUUCAUUUCGAACUAUUAUAACGAUAAGAAUUUAAUUUUAGAAAAUUUGGUCACCAUUAAAUUACAAAGUUUAGCUUGUUCCGAACAUUUUUUCAGUUUUAAUGAUUCCAAUUUGAACACGAGUUUGAUGUCAUUUUUGAAAUGUACGCGGACCGUGAAGCUCCUGCAGGUGGUCGGUUGGCCGGGAAAAGUUGUCGAGGUUUUGGACAAGGUGAAAAUUUUGGGUGAAAAUUUAGAAAUUUUGCGUAUCUCGGGUGGAAAAAAGUUGGGGGAGGAGGAUGUCAAAGAAUUGACAGGAAUGGAAUUUCCUGCCAUGAAAAGGAUUGAGCUUAACGUGUUGGACGAGAAAAAAGGCGGCGUUGGAGACCACGUGUGGGGAAAGUUUGUGGAGAAAGUUGGUUAGAAAGUGAGAGUGGUGAAAAUUGCUUGACAUACUUAAUUUUAAACGAAAUACGAAACUACAAAUACGAAAUUUUCCCAAAAUUACACACUUUAGAAAGAUUAACUUAUAUAAUAUAACUUAUAUAAUAACUAUAAUUUUAUAAUUACUUAAAUUUAUUUUUUACUAUAAUAAUAUAUUGAAAUUUUAUAAAUGGUGUACAAACUCGACAAAAUUGUCAUUACUCAACUUUUUGAAUUUCUUAAUUGCUCAAAGAUAAUGCAGAAAUCAUGUUCAGGUCGAAAAUGAAUGAAAAUAGUGGAAACUCGAAAUUCAUUGUACUCCUCGAAAUUUAAAUUGCAUUCAAUUUAAAUUUCAUAAUUUGUAUACAAGAUUAAAACCAAAUUU